GAAACUUUGUUUUUUUUAAUAUAUUUCAUGUUGUUAAUUUUGAUCAGGUAGGAGAUAAUACACCAUACUUUGAGAAUGAUGAUAUGAAGCCAUCUUCCCCAGGGAAAAAGGAUUUAAGCAGCAGCAACAACAAGGUGUCUGUAAAAUCUGAUACUGCAAGAACAGAAGCUGAGUACUCCAUGGCAUCUUCUUCAACUCGAAAGGAUCAGGACGAUCAGCUUGAAUCAGCCAAAGUCCAUAUGGGAGAGGUGAGAGAAGAAAAUCAAAGACUAAAGAUGUAUUUAAAGAGGAUGAUGAAGGAUUAUGAGGAGCUAAAAAUGCAAUUCUACAACGUCGUUGGACAAGAUUCAAAGAAAACCCUAGCAACACCAAAUAUAGACCACCAAGAACAACAAGCCGAAGAAGAAGGAAAAGAAGAACCCGAGCUUGUUUCCCUUACACUGGGAAGAUUUUCAUGUGAUUCGAAAAGGGAUGAUAAGGGAAAAGCAUGUAGCAGCAGCCAUGGAAAGGAGGAGGAGAGAGGCAAUGAAGGUUUAUCUCUCUCCUUGGAUAAAAAAUUUGAAGCUUCCAAUAUGUCCGAGGUUGACGAUGAACCUCUGCCGAAUCCGAGCCCGGUGAACACUUCUCAAGAACCCAAGGAAGAAGAAACAUGGCCGCCGAGCAAAGCUCUCAAGACAACCAAAAGUGGAGGAGACGAUGAAGUCUUGCAACAAAAUCCAGCCAAGAGAACUAGGGUCUCCGUCAGAACCAGAUGCGACACUGCCACCAUGAAUGAUGGAUGCCAAUGGCGGAAAUAUGGACAGAAGAUUGCUAAAGGAAACCCUUGUCCUCGAGCAUAUUACCGUUGCACGGUUGCACCUUCCUGUCCCGUGAGGAAACAGGUUCAAAGAUGUGUCGAAGACAGGUCGAUCUUAAUCACAACAUAUGAAGGAAAUCACAAUCAUCCACUUCCAAUGUCGGCCACCGCAAUGGCUUCCACCACCUGUGCGGCAGCUUCGAUGAUAUCGGCCGGUUCGACAUUGUCGGCCGGUUCCAACGUUCCGUUAUCAACUUCCUCACACCCCGCCCUCCAUGGACUCAACGUUUACCUAUCCGAUAACUCGAAAUCGAAGUUCUACUGGCCCAACACUUCACUAUCGUCCGCCUUGUCGCACCCCACGAUCACUCUCGACCUUACUUCAACACCAUCAUCGUUUCCUUUCAAUAGAUUCUAUUCGGCUUACCCCACCACGUCGAGAUACAACACUCCGACGACGAGUCUCAGCUUCGGCUCUUCGGAACCGAACAUGGUGUCUUGGGGCAGCGGGCUCCUUACCUACUGUGGAAGUAGUACUCAACGUCAACAACAACCCUACAUGAAAUCCCACGACGGAGCUCUCAACAUGACCGGAAGAGUACCGCAGCCGACGAUCGAGAAUAGCAUAUAUCAAUCUUUCAUCCAAAAGAAUCAUCAUCAACGUCAACCUCAGCAGCCAUUACCGGAUACUAUUGCGGCUGCGACCAAAGCGAUCACGACAGACCCCAAUUUCCAAUCUGCAUUAGCUGUGGCUCUCGCGUCGGUCAUCGGAGCGGGCAAUAAUGGAGGUGGAAGUAUUGGAUGUGGGUCUAGCUUCUUCAACAAAGCCCCUUCCACUGGUUCGCAGCCAGGGAGUUCGAUAUUUCUACCACCUACAGCUGCUUUGCCAUUUUCAACGCCAAAGAGUGCUUCCACGUCUCCUAGUGAUACUGAAAACCACAGCUACUGACUUUUGUUUUUAAAUAUUGAUUUGUAAUUAGAAACGGUGUUUAUUCAUUUAGUCUUGAUUGGCAUGUAAUGCUUAAUAAUAUGAAGUUUGAA